AUGGGAAAAAGUUCUGAAAAUUUAUCCCACUCGGAUUCACAUCAUCAUGAUCCUUUAAAGCAACCUUUAGAAGCAAUUCCUGAUUAUAAAACUUACAAACUUGAAGAUGCUCCUGAAUUAGUCAAAGUACAGAAAAGUUUGAGUGAAUUAGGAUUGAAAGAUCCAUGGGUUAGGAAUUAUGUGUUUAUGUAUAACCCCAAGAUAGCUGGAACUUACUGGAGCCGUGUAAGAUCUUUUCUAUUUUAUGGUCUUAGCUGGGGGGUUUCUGCAUUUGUCGUAACAGUCAUAGGAUACAAAAUAAGGGAUUAUUAUUAUCCCACAGAUCCUCACGAAGAACAUAUGAAAACGCUUAGGAAAUAUGGACUUGACCCUUAUAAACAUUGA